AUGUCCGAUGACAGUUCCAAGCCGGCCGCAUGCGAUCGCUGCCACAAGAGAAAAUCCAAAUGUGAUCGGCUGAGGCCCGCGUGCACCUCGUGUGCCAAAGGAGGGACUCAGUGUACCUACAGCGCCAAAGACCCUGCCAUACGACGCCAGGACAUGGAAAAGCUCGAGAGACGUCUUCGGCAAAUGGAGGCUAAAAAUGAAGCCUUGACCAGCCAACUACGAGAAGCUCAACGACUUGCGAGCGUCGGCAGUCCCUCUACCGCUGUGCAUUCGACUUCCGGCCGGACGCAAACGAUGACAAACAACAACGAGGUGACGAGCCAAGUCUCGUCCCUCAGCCUCGGUGUGGGUGGCGAACGACAAUACUUGGGACCAACCAGCGGGCUGCUCCUUGCGAGCCUCCUCCAAGUCGACGGCCGUACCAGAGGCCGGAACGCCCAGGACGACGACGAUUACAAUGCAGCUCGCACUUUUGGGUCGGCUGCGCGCGGUGAAACGGUCACUCCAGACAUCGGAGCGCUGCCUCCGGAAAAUCUCGCCCGGAGUUUGGUGAGGGCGUAUUUGGCCCAUGAUCAUCUGUGCUAUCCAUUCCUUCACCCCAAAACACUAAUCAACAGCUUGGAAUCCAUCUAUAGUGAUAUCUCUUUUUAUCGGGCUCACCACGUCGAAGCAUUUACCCUCGACAUGGUCCUCGCCAUCGCCACAGCUCAGGUCUCAAAGUUUGACUGGCAAGUUAUGCCAGAUGCAGAGACACACCAUGACCGCGCCAUGAGUCGGCUCGCUCCCGUUCUCGGCAAGGGUGGAAGUGUCGCCCUGCAAGCUGUCCUUCUAAUGUGCCAAUAUCGAAUUGGGAGUGGUCUUUACGAUUCCUCGGCGAGCUUGUGGCAUCUAGUGGGCACGGCAGCAAGGAUGUGCUUCGAGCUAGGUCUGCACCGAGAGUCCGUCUACUGUUCACCAGCCCUAGGUACUUCCGACCUCGAAGAGAACGCCUUUGACGACUCAGAGGUGCGGAGGAGAUGUUUCUGGUGCACGUUGGCAAUGGAUAGAAUAACGAGCAUCACCCUAGGACGGCCGCUAGCAAUCCACUUGGACGACUUUGACACUGAACUGCCACGUGCCGAAGCCAACAUUGUUCUCAGCCCAGACAACAGUCUGUCACCCACAGAGCCCGUGGGGAGUCCUCCUUGGCAACUCCGAACAGCGAUCUUCCUGCAGAUUGUGCGCUACCGUAUCAUCUGCGGGAAGAUCCUCAGCUCUUUGCACAACGCUAUCCGGUCCCGACCGACCUCCUCAAUCGACUACGAAGACCGGCAGAGAAUGCUGUUUGAGGAGCUGGAAUCUUGGCGAUCUGACACCGAGACGUUGCCUCUCGGAGGCUCUCUGAGCGAGUCGGAUCGCUCCAGCUUCAGGACUCGGGAAUGGUAUGAUCUGCUGUACCUGAAUGGAAUCUUGAUGUUGUACCGACCUUCGCCAUCUAUCCACGAGCCCCCCCAACACGGCGAUAGCCUUCAACGAAUCCUAGAGGCGGCGCAGAAAGCCAUUGGUAUCUAUGCAUAUCUUCACAAGUCGCGUCGCAUCAACUACUCUCCGAUCACCCUUCACUCCGUUUUCAUCGCAGGUCUCUCCUAUAUCUACGCCAUCCGGUCGCAUUUGCGACUUCGCCGGCGCGACCUUACGAAUGGUGUCGGUCCCUCAACACCAAGGGCGACCGGUUUGUCCACCGAUCCAAGCAUUACUCAGAUAGUCAACACUACGCGUGACUGCUCCAAUGUCCUCGUCGCUGUCUCUGAGCGGUGGUCUACAGCCCGCAAUGCUCAUCAGGUGUUUGGGAGACUCAGUGACGCGCUGUUGACCGAUGUGGUUGAAUUUCAGAGCCAGACACGAAGCGCCCUCAACAGCGGUAUGCCUCUUCAGGGCGUGCUGCAUCAGGAGCAACCUCGAAAUAUGUCGCAGACUGAAAUGACUCCCACAUUGGGACAGCACUUGUUCUCAUCUACGGCCUUGAAUGGCAUGGAUUUCAGUUAUCAGGAUUGUUUCAAUGACUUGCAGGAUCUUUAUAAUGGCUACGACUUUGCCAACGUUUCCAUGAUACAAGCCAGUCAAGAUUGGCUGUUUGAGAUACAGACGCUCGAUCACAGCAUGGGCGGAGUGGGUCACUGA